AACACUCGGCCCGACCCACAACACUGCAUUCCCAUCUUCUCUGCAGCUUUCUCGUCCGUCGUCCACUUUGCGCCCGUCCACAGCACCAUGACCGUCCAGCCAGCACCAGACCCUGCGCUCCUCGCCCACCUCAGAGACCUCUACGCCGCCGCCAACCAGGCCCAUGUAUUCGCAUUCUACGACUCGCUCUCGCCCUCCGACCAGGCCGCCUUGCUCGGCCAGCUCGCCUCCAUCGACGUCCACCGCGUCAACCGUAUCUACUCCACAGCGAUCGCAGCUGCUGAAGCUCUCACGCCGUCCAAGGAGAACAGCAACAUCUUUGGCGGCGGACAGCCGAACCACAUCGGCGAAGGCGCGAACGGUAACCUUGUAGGCAACGAGACUGUCCAGGGUUCCUUGCCCAUCAAGGAGGAGGCCAUGCCCUUGCCUGAGGAGGCAUGCGCGACUGUGCUUAACAACGCUUCCGAAGAAGCUCAAUGGCGCGACGCCGGUUUGAAGGCGAUUGCCGACAACCAGGUCGCCGUCCUCCUCAUGGCCGGUGGACAGGGCACCCGUCUCGGCUCUGCGCUCCCCAAGGGACUGUACGAUAUCAAGUUGCCCAGUGGACAGACUUUGUUCGAAUACCAGGCCAAGAGGAUCUGCAAGCUCGAGAGGCUGGCGGAAGAAAAGGCGGGCAAGGAGAAGGGUAGUGUCACCAUUCGGUGGUACGUGAUGACCAGUGGUCCCACCCGGGUCGAGACGGAAAAGUACUUCAAGGCGAAAGGCUUCUUUGGGUUGAGAGAAGAAAAUGUCAUCUUUUUUGAGCAAGGCGUACUCCCCGCCCUUGACAACGACGGCAAGCUUCUUCUUUCAACACCUAGCUCUGUAUCCGUUGCUCCCGACGGCAACGGUGGUCUCUACGCCGCCCUCCGUCGCCCUCUCUCCCCCUCAUCCUCCCGCACGGUCCUCUCCGAUCUCCGCGAGCACAAUGUCCAAUACGUCCACGCCUACUGCGUCGACAACUGCCUCGUCCGUGUUGCCGACCCCGUCUUCAUUGGCUGCUGCUUGUCUCGCAAUGCCUCGGCCGGUGCCAAGGUUGUGCGCAAGACCAUCCCCACAGAGAGUGUGGGUGUCCUCGCGGCCAAGGGUAACGCUUUUGCCGUGGUGGAGUACUCUGAGCUGAGCAAGGAAAAGGCCGAGCAGAGGACUGCGGACGGUCAGCUGGCUUUCCGUGCUGCCAACAUUGCAAACCACUUUUAUACCACCGCCUUCCUCGAGUCGGUUGAAGAAAUGGAAAAGCAUAUGGCGUUCCACAUUGCUCGAAAGAAGAUCCCCACCGUCGACCUUUCCACUGGCGAGCUUAUCAAGCCUUCUGAGCCCAACGGCAUGAAACUUGAGCUUUUCGUCUUUGACGUCUUCCCAUUCACCAAGAGUCUCUGUGUACUCGAAGUCGACCGUGCCGAAGAAUUCUCCCCGCUCAAGAAUGCGCCCGGGAGCAAGGCCGACUGCCCCGAAACCAGCCGCAGGGAUUUGCUCGCUCAGCAAAAAAGGUGGUUGAUCGCAAGCGGUGCCGAGGUUGCCGAUGAUGUCGAGAUUGAGGUCAGCCCCGAGGUCAGUUAUGCCGGUGAAGGCUUGAACUGGAUCGAGGGCAAAAAGUUUACCAAGAGCGGAGUGUUGAACGGUCGGAAUGAUUUAGAGAAGCUUACCGCGUAAAGGGACAAUUCUUUUUCUUUUCUUCUUCUUAGCAUUACGACGCAUCUGAUUCAAUAAUGGACAAUGUCUCAUAUGUUUGUGUCAUUUUUUUAUACAUGUCUAUUAAUUUCCAAUGCAUAGAAGU